AUGGGAUUCUUUGACCAUUUCAAGCCUACCAAAACAACAAAAAAGACUCCCAAUGUCGAUGACGAUAACAUGUCGACUGCAAGCACAAUCGCUCCAUCUAAAUCUCGUUCUGCUAUUGAUGCAUUUUUGGCCUCAUUCAGUACAGACAAAUACAUGAAUGAUCCUACCCGUACAACAAGUCAUCCUGAUGUUGUUGGCUACUACUAUGAUCCAAUGAGUUGCGGUGGCCAACGCAAUAUCGUUUCAGUCGGAUACGACUGCACAAACACUGGCGCUUAA